CGGACUAAAAUAAGGGGUAACGCCAUUGCAAAUCUCACGCAAACAUAUGGCAUUUUGAACGAUUGAUAAACUCUUUUAGUCGCCUCGGAUAGUGGUCUGAAAUAUAGGAUCCCCAAAUUUUUAGGAGAAAACAAACUUGAUGCAGCUCCACUCCCAAGUCUCCACCAACGACACUUGGCGUUUCCAAAUCUCGACCUCAAGCAUCAACUGACUGCAUGGCCGCUUUCGGCACAUCCCUUCCAGCCGAUGCCGCAUCCCUGGUCCAUCCCGAUGAGAUUGCGACACUGAUAGCGCGCGAUAGAGAACACCCGCGCAUCCCACGGGUAACAACAGGGUGUCGGAGUGUGGACGAAGCGCUGGAGGGAAGGAAGGAAAGGGGGAUCAGGGGGUUGUGCUGUGUUUCCGGUGAAGGGCAGGCUGGGAAGACCGGGCUAGCUCUCGCUUUCUUAUCCUCACAUCUCCUUGAAAAUGCACGAUCGCAUGCUGCUAUCAUCGAUACUUCCGGCAACUUUGACGUGUUAAGACUGCACACUACCCUGGUCUCUCAUCUCCAACGGGAUGUCGUGCCACAGCAUGCGAAGCCGAACAAUGGGUCGCUCGAGCCAGACGACAUUGCCGCCACAGCGCUCGAGAGGGUGAAGAUCAUGCGUGUCUUCGACUUCGUUGGCAUGAAGGAGGCUUUGGAGGAAUUGAAGGAAGAGAUCAGCCAGACAGCUCCGAGAUCAGCGGCCAAAACGCCUCCAAGUAAAACGACAGCUCCUCCUAAGCCGGAUCGUAGCCGGAGAGUAGAAGUAGCAGACAGCGAAGAUGAAGAGGACGAAGAGGAAGAAAUGCUCUUCGUAGGCAUGAUUACGCGGGAAACAUGGCAGCCACAUCGCCCUGAAGAGAGGCGGCAUCUGAGUCCAGAUGUCAGCGCGGAUGAAGGUGGAGGGGCCACUUGGAUGCUCAUUGUCGAUAACAUUACCCAAGUGCUGAGCCCACUCAUGAAGGUCAAAUAUGUGCAAGCCCAUGCAAUGCUUGCCUCUUUAAUGCGCGAUCUCUCACAGCUCGCGCGAAGCCACAACCUGACAUCGCUCGUCAUAAACUCGGGUAUUACGCGACGUCCGCCUCCCACACCCGCUGAUGGCUCUCAUCCGGACGGUCCAGAUACCGCCUCAGCUUUACAGAACUACUGCACGUCAUCAGCGUUUGAGGCCUGUACGACACAUCCCGCGCUUGGAAAGACGUUCCCGUUCCUCGUCGACAUACACUUCAUGGUAUCGAAACUGCCCAGGGAGAAACGGGGCGCGGAGAUGGCACAUGUGAUUGAGAUUCUCAGUGAUGGGUGGGACGGUAGGGCGGGCAGGUUGGGGUUUUUUCAGUGUAACGAUAUCGGGGGGUUGGAGGCGGUGGUGUACGGGUCGCACGGGUAGUGAAUAUAAAAUAGAG